GAUCAAGGGCAAGGCCAGAGCUUAACGGUCCUCGAGGUUUACCAAUUAUUGGAAAUUUUAUUUUAUUGUUAAGAAGUAAAGGAUUUUUUUAUUAUUGUCUUGAUCUGAUCGAUAAGUAUGGCCCUAUUUUUACAUUCACUCUGCCAAAAAAGGGGCGAUUUAUUAUGAUUAAUGAUCCAAAGUUAAUAGAACAUAUGCUUAAAACGAAUUUUGAAUACUUUGAGAAAGGUGACAUUUUACAUGAAUUAAUGUAUGAUAUAUUCGGAGAUGGAAUAUUUGCAGUUGAUGGGUAUAAAUGGAAAUUUCAAAGAAGAAUAAUUAGUUAUUUAUUUCAAGGAAAAAAUUUCAAGGAUUUGAUAUGUGUCAGCAUGGCAGAAAAGUCCAAAAUCGUAUUAAACAUUUUACGAAAUUGUGCUGAUAACGGGAAACCUAUUGAUUUACAAGAUUUAUUUUAUAGAUUCACUCUGGAUACUUUGGGAGAUAUAGACUUUGGUUGUUUAUCCAACCCUGAAAAACCAGUUCAAUUUGCUGUUGACUUUGAUUACGCUCAAAGAAAUAUAGAUUGGCGAUGGCAACAACCUCUAUGGAAAUAUAUUGAAUUAUAUAGCGAAAGAGGGAGGCAAAUGCGUAAAGUUUGCAAAAAAAUUGAUAAUUAUAUAUACAAUAUAAUAAAUAACCGUAAAUCAGAAACUGGUGAAAAUACAAAUGAUAUAUUAACUCUGUUUAUUAAUGCUGUUGAUAAAGACGGGACGAAACUUAAUGAUAGAGAAUUAAGAGAUGCUAUUCUGAAUCUAAUUAUUGCAGGCCGUGAUACUACAGCACAGGCAUUAUCUUGGAUGAUGUAUUCUAUAAUGGCAAAUCCAUUUGUUGAAGAUUCCUUAUUAAAAGAAAUUAAUUCUAUACUCUCGCCCACGACUCCAAUUCCAUCAUAUGACGAUAUUAAAGCAUUUAAAUAUGCAAAUGCAACAUUUUACGAAACUUUGCGUUUAUAUCCUAGCGUUCCAAAAAAUGGCAAGGUUUGUGUUAAGGAUCAUAUCUUACCAAAUGGUAUUCCCGUAUAUGCAGACGAAUUUGUAAUUUAUAAUCCUUGGGCAAUGGGAAGAGAUAAAAAACUUUGGGGCGAGAAUGCAGAAAUAUUUAAUCCUGAAAGGUUUUUAAAUUCUGAAGAUAUGUCAAAACCAAAUCAAUUUAAGUUUAUUGCGUUUCAUGCGGGACCUAGAAACUGUUUGGGACAACAAUUCGCAACUGUUGAAGCAAUAAUGCUUGUAACAACGAUCUUAAGAGAAUUUAAGUUUGAAUUAGUGCCUGGCCAAAAGUCUCCACCGGCCCUUCUACAGUCUAUCACAUUGCCUAUGAAAGAACCUUUAAUGGCUAAAGUGUCCCGUAGAUUAUGA